CACAGGUCGAGGUUCAAACCUGAGCUGGAAGCCGUGAACUUAAAACCUGCGGUCUCCUCCACCUUCCGCUUCACUCUCGGAUUACGUCGGUGCGUCACGGACAUUUCGUUCGAGAUAACCUUCCCAGAAGCGAAGUUACCUAAGAUCUGACUUCGGCAGGUAGAAGAAGUGGGAUGGUAAACCCGGUGACAGUCACUUGGUCUAACGUGUAAAUGUGCUGAUAAGGCGUUUUUAUAAGUGGACCGUCGGUGACACGACAACAGAGCCGCCGCGCCACGCUGUCACUCUGAACCUGCAACUGCGGGUUUUUCAAACUUUUUGGAGCCAAGGACCUAAAGUAUCAAUUAAUUGCAAGAUGAGUACAGAAGACCAAGUUGCACCGCUGUCUCCCAAGACAUCACCCGCCACACCAACCAUAACACCAUUUACACAACGAAAAGAGAGUAACUCCUCAUCGGAAGACAACAGACAGGACAGCUGGGAGUUGGUUGAGGACUUGCAAGGAUUGACAGGAAAUAUUCAGAAGCCUGAGAAGCAGGAAGGUUUGCUGUUGAAAAAGAGGAAGUGGCCAAUGAAAGGCUGGCAUAAGAGAUAUUUCCUGCUUGAAAGGGGCAUCCUUACAUAUGCCAAGACUGGGACUGAUCUGAAGAAGGGGAGGUUACGAGGUCGCAUUGAUGUUGGUCUCUCUGUCAUGGCCAUGAAGAAGAAGUCAAUGUGCAUCGACCUGGACACAGAGGAUAGUAUCUAUCACCUCAAGGCAAAGACUCGGGAUCUGUUUGAGGAGUGGGUGACUCAACUACGUCAUCAUCGAACGUUCCGUCAGAACGAGAUCACCAUGGAGCCUCCCGAGCGACCGCUGCAAUCUGACCCCACCGCCAACAGACGACGUUCAUUUCUCUCCAAGCUGCCUUCAGCCCUGUUGAAGAACAGCUGGUGGCAAAACUCUCAAGACAUGGAGAAGUGCUGCAAAGAUCUGUCAGAGUGUGAGUCAGCGCUGCUGGAAUUAAAUUUGCUGCUGAAAAAUAUGGAAGUUCUUCACAGAACGUUCUCAGCACCUGCCAUUAACUUACUGCAGACUGAAGGCUCCAAAAAAGAGAAGCGAGGGCACAAAAAAUGGAGAUCAAAGAAUUAUAGCAAGGAAAAUAAAAACACACAGCAGUCAAAUCCUGAUGCUUCAUCUUCCCAUCUGCACGUAUCUCACCCGAACUUGAUAUAUUCAGAGCCUGUUUCACCAGAUUCAUGCCUGGAUAGUCCAGACUCACCAACAGAAGCCUCUCGAAUGCAGGAGGAGUUCUGUCGGCUCGCUGGCACUGUUCAUUCCACUCUUCGGUCAGCGUACACUUCACUUUGCACAGAAAGAGACCGAGUCAGGAACACAUUGGAUUGUAUCAGCGAGAAGGAAGUCCUCGUUGGAUCACGCCCUCUCCGGCAGCAGGUGUCCAGUGAGAGUCGAGGGUCAAUCCCAGAAUCCCUGUCAGAGUUUUUUGACGCUAAAGAGUAUCUGCUGUCUGGGAGCUCGUCUGAGAAUGAGGCAUCCGAUGAUGAUUCGUAUGUCAGUGAUGUGAGUGACAACACGUCAGUGGAGUUUUGCAGGAAUGAGAACGGCGUCGCAAAGGAGAUUUUAAGUAACGGCAACAACUGUGCAGUGACGCGGCGAGACCGUUUGCCGAGUACACGCAUGAACGAGAGCGUGAAUCUGUGGAGUAUUCUGUGUAGUAACAUUGGUAAAGACCUGUCGAAAGUUGCCAUGCCCGUCCAACUCAAUGAGCCCUUGAACACCCUGCAGAGACUGUGUGAGGAAGUUGAGUACUGCCACCUGCUGGACACUGCUGCAAACACACACGACCCACACAUGCGCAUGGUCUAUAUAGCAGCAUUUGCUGUAUCUGCAUAUGCGUGUUCAUUCACUAGAGCAGGAGGAAAACCAUUUAAUCCUAUAUUAGGAGAGACAUACGAGUGUCUCCGGCCAGAUAAGGGCUUUCACUUCAUUGCUGAACAGGUCAGUCACCAUCCACCUGUGUCUGCUUGUCACUGCGAGUCCAAAACCUACACAUUUUGGCAAGAUGUCCGGUGGAAGAAUAAGUUUUGGGGAAAAUCCAUGGAGAUCGUUCCCAUGGGAGUCACUCACUUAGAGCUGCCAGGUUUUGCAGAUCGUUAUGAGUGGAGUAAAGUCACUUCAUGCAUUCAUAACAUUCUGAGCGGUCAGCGCUGGAUCGAACACUAUGGGGAAAUAUCAGUCAAACACUCUACCACGAUGGGAGACGUCAGUCUUUGCAAAGUCACUUUCCUUAAGUCAAGAUCUGGAGGUCUGAAUGCUAAUGAGGUAGAGGGUAUGGUCACUGAUUCAAAUGGGUGUGUCAUUCACUCUCUGUUUGGCAAAUGGAACGAGGCCUUAUAUCUGGGCAAACCGCCUUCAGCAACCUGCAUCUGGAGAGCAACACCGUUUUUGUCUCUGUAUUGUGUGCAUAUAGAUCCCAUGCCUGAGGACCAUGAGCAGUACUAUGGAUUCACCCAGUUCGCAAUUGAGUUAAAUGAAUUGGAGGAGGGUUUAAAGCCACUCUUGCCCCUGACGGACACCCGUUUUAGGCCAGACCAAAGAUUACUUGAAGAGGGUGAUAUUGCUGGAGCAGAAGAACAGAAAGAAAGAAUUGAAGUACUCCAAAGAGAGAGGAGGAGAGUCCUGCAAGAAAACAACAUUACACACUCGCCCCGAUUCUUCAAACGUGCUGAAGACGACUCUUGGGUGAGCAAUGGCACUUACUGGGACCUCAGGAAGGACCCUGGAUUCAGCAAACUAGAAUUCCCUGUGCUCUGGUGACCAUCAGUGGAUUUGUGUCAUUUGACUUUUCCAUUUCUGCUUUCUCCAUUAUUCAUAUGCAAUCCUGCUGAACACUGUGGGAUUUAAUGUACCAUGCCUAUGUUGAUGUUUUUGUAUUGGUAUUUAUCUUUGUUAAACAGACACAUUUACAGCACAAGAUAGAAAGUGCCUCUAGAAACACAUUUAUGCCUUACUUGUCAAACUGCCUUGUUGAUAUUUAGAUGCAAAUGCGCUGACCAAUGACUUUUGUAAGUGUCUGAAUAUUAUUAGUGUAUUUAUAUUCAACAUGCAAAGUAAAAAAAUCCUAUUAAAUCAAUUAAAAAAAUCCUCAAAUUCAAUCAAUUCAGAUAAAUUACACAACAUUAAUAAUGAUUUAGAUUCUUAAAGAACAUACACUUAAGUUCACCCUAA